AUGGGGGGCGGCCGGGAGGGCGACGGCGGAGCGGGGCGACGGGCUCAGCCUCCGGGGCGGCUGGGGGCGCGCAUGGUCCGGCAAGGAGGGGGGCACCAUGGUGGCGCGCUGGGCCUGCGGCGGGCCUGUGGCAGGCUGGGCCUAGCCGCGGCCUGGGCCCGCCCCGCCGGGCCCGCCCCGCCCCGCCCCGCCCCGCCGGGACCCGCCCACCGCGCUGGCCCGCCACGCCCCCUCGCGGCCCGCCCAGACCCCGGGUCCCGGGCCGCCCCCGCCGCUGACGCUCGGGGGCUUGGGUGCGCCGCGCCCACUUGGCCCGGGAGGCGGAGCCGGCAGUGGGUGCACGAGGUUUUCCAGAAAAGUCAAGCCAAGGGUGUUUACUGGCGCUUCGCUCGGGACGAACUCUGUACAGAAACGUUCUGGGAAGCAGGGCCUCUCCACCCUUACCCGUUCGCUCUGUGCAGGAAAGGGACUUUCAGGAUCAAGCAAUUCCUGGCCAAGAAACAAAAGCAGAAGGGUCCCAUUCCCCAGGGGAUUUGGGUGAAAAGUGGUAAUGAAAUCGGGUGCAACUCCAGGAGGAAGCCCUGGAUGGAGAAGAACCAAGCUGGGUCUGUGAGGGACCACAUCACACAGGAGAUGGCACAUAUAUUCAUGCCGCAGGAGGGUCACAUGCUCGUACCCUAUCAACUGUAA